ACCACGCAAGGCAGGUCCCCGCGGCGAAUCCCGAGCGUGUCUUGCAUUCUGUGCCCUUCCUCUAAAGAGGCAAAACCACCUUACAAAUGACUAAAAUGAAUAUCGGAGUGCCAUCUCAGACACUCCAACGGGUGCUCCAUGUGGCGGCCCAUAGCUGGCCGUGGGAACUGGAUGGACCCCUCUUGGCCUGAUCCAGCGCAACUCUUACGCUCCUGGGAUGAAGGCAACUUCGUGCUUCCCCACCUUUUCCAUUUUCUGCUGGAAGCAUGAAAACACCGCACUUACCUCACUUGAUCAGAUGUAGAACUUCCCUCUGCAUGCACUGCCCAGCGCACAGGCAAUCCAUGACCCUGCCAGAGACCCCCACAAAAGCAGGUGUGCAAAUGAUCUUGAGGUGUGUAUGUUUCGAACCAGUGUAGGAACCCAUUUACCUGGCAUGGACAGGCCCAUCCACGUGGCACUCUCUGUUCCUUGUUUUUUCCAAGAUAGCAGGCACAGGAAUAGAGCUGUCAUAACUCAUGGACUAAUGUAAACUGAGUCAGAAUGUAAAGAAGAAUUGCGGCUGGCUGCUUCUGACACCAGUGUGGUCUAGACAGACUUCCUCACCUUGCUGCCAGCUGGAUGCCUUGGGCUGCCAUUCCUAUUGGCCCAAGUGAGCAUGCGCUGGAAUACCAGGAGACAUCAUCCCCAAAUUCGGAGGGUCACCUAGCUGGGGAAAGCUGGUUUAGUAGGCAGAGUGCCAGACUAACGCUGGGAGAGGCAAAUUCAAAUUGUUACUUGCUUCCAAAUAUACUUGUUUCCUUCUCGAUUCUAUUUGAGAGAGCUGUUCCUCAUAAAAGCAGGAAUAUUGAAUGCCUGCCUCAUUGUCAUGACACCAGCCAGCCACCCGCACACAAAGAUACCUUUGAAUUGGCCAGUCAGAAGAAGCCCUGAUGGGAGAAACGGCCCAGUGGCCUCCCUCAGCGAAGCCAAGCACAACCUGCGCACCUGGAAGGGCUCUUCUGGUCACUUUGAGCCUCCCUGAGCUUCCGGUUCAUUGCUCACAACCAGGCACUUUGCCUCCUUCGCUUUGAACCCGGUCAUUGCCUCGCACUCGGGGAGGUUGGUGUUUAUUUCGUCUGCUCUGGCAUUCCUCGUGUUUAGUUGAGGGUCUCGGCUGCUGGCACUGUGCUUUUGUUCAGGAUCUUAGUCUCAGCUUUACUCUAAUGUUUGAUAUUGAGAGUUCUUGGCUGCUACUGCAGUGCGCUCCUGGUCUUGUUUUGGCAGUGAGAGUACAGCGUCUCCAUUUUUAACUUGCAGUUGCAUAGUCUGUAUGAUUUCUGUAUUGGCCAUCUGCUCAUGUCCUUGUGUACAGUCACCUGAUUUGUUACUUGAAGUAGGUAUUUUGCAACGAACAGAUGGUUGGCUUCACAGUGUUCUGUGAGUCUAGAUACAUGUUGGUUGCACAUCUAUACAUACAAGUUGAGUAUCUAUGUGAGCAGGGAUAUGCAGCCACAGUCCCAGGUGCUUUUUCUCCUUGGCCUGAAAAGCAAACUGCAAAGUUGGGAAAAUGUGCAGAUCUGGUUUGUUGGCUGCUUGGGGGAAUUAGUGGCAGAAAUAGCAGAGACAACACAGGAUGGUCUCUCUAAUCGCACACAGAAGAGAAUGCCACUGAAGCCUACCAUUGGCAGAGUUUCCUUUAUGUUUGCUCUAGCAACAAAUGAAACCCUGAACAGGAGGCGCUGUCGGGGAGAGAGGAAGGUCACUAUUGCUUAUGAAUCUUCAGAAGAAAAUGACACGAGGGAAGCAACUGGAACAGAGGUCAAGAAACAGAAGUGGGAGCCCAAGAACUGGGCGCAGCACCUGGCCAAUAUCCGGGAAAUGAGGAAGGGGAGAGAUGCCCCUGUGGACCAGAUGGGAGCCGGCCAGUGCUUUGAUGGAGACGCAGCUCCAGAGGUUGUGCGCUACCAGAUUCUGUUGUCCCUCAUGCUCUCCAGCCAGACGAAGGACCAGGUGACUUCGGCUGCCAUGAUGCGCUUGCGGGAGCACGGGCUGACUGUGGACAGCAUCCUGGAGACCGAUGACGCCACCCUGGGACAGCUCAUUUACCCCGUGGGGUUUUGGAAGCGCAAAGUGAGCUAUAUCAAGCAGACCACCGCGAUCCUGAAGCGGGACUACGCCGGCGACAUACCGAAGACAGUUGCGGAGCUGGUGAAGCUGCCAGGGGUUGGGCCCAAGAUGGCCCACCUGGUUAUGGACAUCGCCUGGCAGAGCGUCUCUGGGAUCGGCGUGGACACACACGUGCACCGGAUAGCCAACAGGCUGAAAUGGACCAAGAAGAGAACUAGACUUCCUGAAGAGACCAGGCAAGCUCUGGAAGAGUGGCUUCCCAGGACCAGGGACCAACACAGGAAACCAGGAAAAACGCUUGCUGGAACCAUUAGCCAAACAGGGCCAUUCAGCACGGCUGGCCAAGGUCAGAUGGAACCAGCAAAGUACUCCUCUUCCUCACUGCCCACCUGCUCUGGACAGAACGCAUAGUCUGGAUGCCAGCAAAUCAAGACCCAGCUGCUCCCCGGAAGAAGCAUGAGCUGCCUUCGCCCGCGCAGGCUCUUUGCGGCCUUUGCCAAGCCUUCUGGAAUCAAGGCCUGCACAUUUCCCCUUGACGAAAAGGGCAAGGGAGGAAAUAACAAGUUGCACUGCGUAGAAGUACUUCCCCUCACAUUUGAAUGGCAUUAUUAUUUUUAAUUAUAGGCUCUGGGAGGGGUAGUCUAUUAUUUGCUGGCUUUUUUGUGGAAAAAUGUCUGUUCUUUUUGCAUCUGCCUAUUUGGAGCAGCUCGUCAUGGUCUCGAUCCCAGAAGUUUAAAUCAGGGAAGACAGUGUGAUUCUGGUCACCUCUAGGUAGAACAUGGCAGGUGUUUAAUCAUUUCCAAAAAGGAUGAAUGAUAGAUUAAAAAUGCUGCAUCUAAACCUCAAGGAUGGCAAGUGAAAGGAAGAGCUUUUCUGCACAAGGUUAUUAAUCUGGCAUUUCUGCAGAACUGAGAUCAAGGCCUGACACUGAGCAUAUUUUCUGUCCUGCUUUUCCUCUGUGUGACAGUAGCGCUGUGUUAUUAUGACACAACAACUUUACAUGCAUGGAAAAUGUCUUCAUCCGCAUCUGCAAAUAAUACAUUUCCCCACUCUAAAAAGCUUGCUGAAAGCGCUGCUUAAAAAUAGAAGUGAAACCUGGAAGAUGACGACAUCCUCUAAAGCAGGGGUCCUCAAACUUUUUCAGCAGGGGGCCAGUUGAAAGGUGCCAGUGCUAGCUGCGGGCCGGAAAGGUGGCACUGGCAGU